AUGCGCACGUUGGACGAACAACAACAACAAAUUAGAAGAAUUAGUAUAUGUUAUACCUGAAUCGUUAAGCAAUCUUCAUUGAAAAAUGGAUAAGGAAGUGGUAGACAAGGCCCUAUUGCAGAGACUUGAAGAAUAUGGUGAUUCAGUUGUUGAAGGUGCAUCGAUUGAUAAGGUCAAGAAGAAAACAGAUAAACAAGCCAAAAGGAAUAAAAGUCAAGGCAGCUCGGACACACAUAAUGCAAACACAUUUGUUGAUACAUCAAGCAACAACUCAAGAAAGAAGAAAAAGAGGAGGAAAAAGAAUAAAGAAAAGGUUGAAGAACGAGUUGAAGAUAGAGACAAUGAAGAAGUUGGCUUUGGAAGUGACGUAGAUGAGUUUACAUGUUCAGAUGAUGAUAAAACUGGAGACAAAAUAUCAGGAUCCCAAAGGCAGUUGAAGCUGUUAUCAAAAGAGCUGGGUCUUGAGCAGUUCAAACAUGAUCUCGACAAGGAGCGAAGGAAGAAAGAGGAGGCUACACAGAAGACACAGGGCCAGGCUGGGAAGAAGAAGAAAGAGCCAGAAGUGAUUGUGUUCCAUUCCCGCAGACGAAAGGAAAAACCAGAGCCCUCUGAUCAAGAAAACACCAAAAGGGAAAGACCUAGUCGAGAGAAGAUACCCCGUAAUGAAGAAAAUCCUGAGUUUGAUCUAGAGAUGGCCCGGUUUGAGGUCCACAAAUACGGCAUUGCUGGUUUCCGUGGCAACGAGAAGGAAGUGGCAAUGACUGCAUUGCUCAUCAAACUUGGUGCCAAGCCGCCGAAGAGUGAUUACCUUAACUACAAAGAGUACCAAGAGAAACGGAAACUACAGAUGAUGGAAGAAAAACACAAGCGAGAACAGGACAGAAAGAUGGGUCUCAAAGUUGCCAAGAAAGAUGGAGGAGAAAAAAGAAAGCGGGAUCGUAACGAUAUUGGUCCACUGGAUGGGCAGGUCGGGCGAUGGAAGGCUGGAGUACAGAUUGUUCACAAAGACAAUAUUAAAGGAAUGAAGAAGUCAAAAAUAAAACAUUGAUGAUUGUCAA